CAUCCGGCCUCAGUUUUCCGAGACACUCUCUCGACUAAUGGGUCAGAGGCUAAUGCAGGGGGGGUGGUCUAAGAAUUGGCUGUAAGGCGACAGGCCCUCAUGCACCUCUCCAGCUCCUGGGCAGACCCUUGGUGGUGGGCCACGGCAUCGUGAUCCUGCAGCUUCUCUCUCAUCCUCCAUGAAGCCAGUGCACACACAACUUGCAUUUUCAGAACUCGAGGUCUUCACUUAAGCAGUGCAGUCUCUGCAAGACCCUUCCCACUCCCAGUACCACCUCCAGGGCUCAGGUUAGUGGCACUUUCAGAAAGCCCUGCAGACAGUCCAAUCAGGGGGUUCUCCUUCCUGGGAGAAAGGUGUGUCUUUCUUUGCAGGGACCUGGUAUACUAUCUAUCUUCCCUCUCCCAUAGAGUGUAUUCAUUGCCCUGGGGACACAAGCCCUUUCCUAACUCCAUGCUCCUGAAUCACCCCCCAUAAAACCCACCUUUCCAAGCCUGAUUUUCCUCUUCUGGGGCUUAUUCACUAGCUUUUCCGAGGGCAAAUGGGGGUUGUGCAAGCUCUAUGAAUGGGGUGAGCUCCGACGAGAGGAGGGGACCACCACACCUGCUCAGAGGGAUCUGCUGGCGCAGAAGUUCCCAAAGCGCACCUUCACCUUUUACGGACCUCACAGCCUCCAGCUGUCCCCUCCGUGGAUCCCUAAUUCUCUAGCCUCCCGUCCUACCCACCCCUCCUCCACGCGCGGGCCUCAGGGAACUGUUUCUUGUUUGCGCUCAUGUCACUAGCCCCCACGGUCCCGGGCCUACACUUACUCCAAAGGGCUCAGCUCUCGUCCCGGAGUGUCUUCCCAUGGUCUCAGCUGCCUCAAAGUGGAGGCUUCUUUGGCUGAGAGAUUGUCCCGCGUUUCCUCUGUACCUCCAAUACUAGGUCCAGCAGAGCUCACAGCCACCAUCCUCCGCGCGGAGGACUUCGUCUGGUACCCGGAAAUAGGGGGAGCCAGGAGAGCUCUCUCUUUCAAUUUCCCUCCCCAAACAAGAGGGGGAGGGGUGUGGCCGGGAACUAAAAGCAACUUCCCCCUCCUCUCUUGGAACUCCUGCGGUGGUCUCAGCCUUCCACACGCCCACCCAGCUUCAUCCCGGAGCCGCCACAUUUGGCUUUGGGGGGGACCGGUGGCGGCUACUUGAACACCAGAAAAUGGGGUACUUGGAGCAUCAGCAGCGGGAGGUGGGGGACGGCAAGGAAAUGUCCCUAGAAAAGUACUGCAGACUUUCCCUGCUUCCUCCCGUGUUGCACCCGGGCCCCGCGAGGCAUAACAAGACCGCGCGGGUGCGCGGCUAGAGGAGGGCGGAGGCCCCCUGGAUGUCCUACCUCACGUCACAGUGCCCCAGCCGACCACGUGAGGGCGUGCCCUGUGUUAGUUCGGACAAAUUAAAGCUGGUCCUAUGGGCAGGCCUGGGGCUCCCAGGACGCGGUCAGGGCUUAGGUUCCCGUGGCGCACUCUUGGCGGCCGGCCGCAAAGCUCAGGGCCGUGGGGCCUCCCCCGGAGCCCGCGCUAUUCGUCCCCAAACCUGAUGCCCCCCUCCAUUCGCGCUCCAGAAGCCUAGGGUUCCACUCCUCCGUUCCCUAAUGCCGGACUCUUCCCGGGCGCAGGCCGCUUCUUCGCGGCGCCUCGGGCUCGGGGCCUGCCCAGGUCGCAAAGGUGGACUGCAGCCGUGCAGGGGAGGGGCGGUCCAGGAAUCCAGCAGCCGGGGAAGGGGCUCCAAAAAGCACAAGUCAGAGCUGGCUCGGACCACGCUGUUGUUGUUCUCAACGUGGUCCGCCACGGAGCUAUAAAAGCAGAGCGAGGCGCCCUCCUCGCCAGAGCGCUUCGCGCAAGCCCAGCGAUUUCUGGCAGCGGCGGAGGCAGCGGCAGCUUUCCCGGGCGGAUUUUCGGCUUCGCACCGACUACCCCAACGCUGUUCCCCGCUCCCAUCCAGGCCCGGCCCGGGACGCCCGCCUCGGCCGGCGCGGUCCCCACCCCAGCCCUGCCGCCCGGCCCUAGGCCCGGCCGCGGCCGCUCCCGCCUGGAGCCGCCGCGCGCCCCCAGCCCCCCGGCGCCCCCUCGGCCUCUCGCCUUCCUCUUCCCCGCGCGGCCCCCAGGCUUCCGCGCUCCGCCCUCCACCAACCCGCUCGCCACUAUGUCUGUGGAGCUCGAGGAGGCCCUGCCGCUGACGACAGUCGAGGGGGCGGCCAAAAAGGCUGCCAAAGCUGGUGGUUCGGCGGCGCUGUCCUCGUCUAAGAAGAAGAAAAACAAAAAGAAGAAUCAGCCGGGCAAAUACAGCCAGCUGGUGGUAGAGACCAUCCGCAGGUUGGGCGAGCGCAACGGCUCGUCGCUGGCCAAGAUCUACACGGAAGCCAAGAAGGUGGCGUGGUUUGACCAGCAGAACGGACGCACCUACCUCAAGUACUCCAUCAAGGCCUUGGUGCAAAACGACACGCUUCUGCAGGUUAAGGGGACCGGCGCCAACGGCUCCUUUAAGCUCAACCGCAAGAAGCUGGAUGGCGGCGGUGAGAGGCGCGGAGUUCCGGUGGCCGCCACCGUCCCUGCGGCAGCGGUGCACAAGGCCAAGAAGGCGGCCCCAGGCGCAUCCGGCGCCCGACGCUCAGACCAGAAUCCUGCCAAGGGCCAGAAGCCUGAGAAGCACUCGCACAAGAAGGGCGCCGCCUCGAAGAAGGACAAAGGCGGCAAGGCUAAGGCGGCGGCAGCAGCUGGGGGCAAGAAGGUGAAGAAGGCGGCCAAGCCCAGCGUCCCUAAAGUGCCGAAGGGUCGCAAGUGAGCGCGCGGGCCUGCAGGGCCGGCUUGGUGUUCGGUUUUUGUACCCCAAGUGUAGUUUUGUACGGUUACCCGGGUCCGGGCCGCUUGAGCGCAGCGAAGGGCCUGGGAUCGCUGUGUCCCUCCCAUCCCCCGCCCGCCGUGGUAGGUUUUUUUUGUUUGCUUUUAGAUUUUGAAACGGUCCUGGCGACGCCUCCAUUGGCUCUUCGCCCCCGGCAACGGCUGUCGCUAUGGUUACCGGCCCCUAGGCGCCCUUUCCGGCUCCCCAUUCUCUCCACCUUAGGGUGUGCGACAAUCGCGCGGGCCUACGCGGCGCUUCCCUUCAUCCGGUCAGUCUUUUGGGGUGCACAAUAAAUUCUUUAAACCUUUGAA